AUGUCCACCGAUUCUUCGUGGACAUGGAGUGUUCCAUAUCAGCAGUACUAUCGUUACGAUGAGCAGCGUGUCCUCGUAUGGUAUCGAGCCAUAGCCGACGAGACAGCAAGGGCUCAACAACCUCGCUCUUUACCCCAAACCGAAGAGACUGUAGCCUCGGGUCUUCAGGAAGGACGGUUGAGACCGCAAAACCUCUCAAAUAGUACCUCAGGCCGCACAUAUCCGCACCGAACACAGUUAUCGAACACUUCACAGGCCACUCAAAGCUCACCAUCGCCGCAAUAUUAUCCGGCGUCUCUAGCGCAGCGCCACUAUACACAUCCCCGUAACACUCCCUCUUAUAACUCUUCUAAUAUCCGCCAAGGUCUAAGGCCGUCUUCAAACGCAGGAGACGACGAAGAAGAGGAGAUAGACGGCCAAGAUAACCAAAUUUCUGAGGAGGAAGACGAACUAGGGAAGCGCCAGGGACGGCGGAAACAGAGGAAACGACGGAAAUUGCGGGAAGAGGACGAGACGGAAUAUUGUAAUGGGAUGGCAUUGCAUAGCCACCCGAACAGAUCCCACCCCCAGCUACCCUGGCUAUGUCGAACGCUCUCGGCAGACAAUAACUUCAAGGGCACCGGCGCCUGCCCCAACGUCCGAAUACUCAUUACGUUGACAUUAGGAGUGACAUCAACGCAAGGGCUGUCUCGAAAAUCCAGCCCCAGGAGUAAAGUCAACACCCCGUGUGUGAUGAUACUAGCCGGUAGAUUGUCUCGAGAUAGGAAUGGGAUAUCUUAG